CGAGCAAUUCUCCAAUCGGGAGCGAUUGCCAGCAAAACACUCACAAACGCCGUCAAUCAACCGCUGAAGAGGACUGAAGAGCUGGCCGCCAAGUUGAACUGCUCUUCUUCUGAUCAGCUUUCAGUGGUGAAAUGUCUUCGAGGCAAAAAUGUAGAGGAGAUUUUAGUCGCCUCAAAAACGUUGACUCUUCCUCUUGCCCCGACCUUCAAUGAUGGCGCAGUGCUGCCCUUUGCUGAUGGAGUUCAGGCACUUCAAGAGGGUCACUUCAACACUGAGAUAGAUCUUAUGUACGGCGUGAACCGAGAUGAGGGCUCCAUUGUGGUGGCAAUGCUCUUUCCAGAGCUCAACUCGCAGAAAACGGUUCUAACAAAAGAGAAAGUGAGGGCGGACAUUGAGAAGUUGCACGUAAGUUCACCGCACGCGGCUGAAAUUGCUGAUUUUUAUUUGAAAAGCUUAAAGUCUGAAGAUGAGGCAAAUCAAGAUAAGCUGAGAACCAUCAUCAGCGACGCCUUUGGAGAUCUAAACAUCGUUUGUCCAACUGUAUUGAUGGGCGAAGCAGUGCGGGAAGCUGCUUCAAAGCAAAAGAAGGAAACCAAAAGUCGUUACUACUCGUACCAACUGACGCAGCCACUUCUCUCUCCAUUUCCAUUUGGCGACUGCACAGGANAUCGAGGACGUCGUGUACCUCUUUGCA